AUGGCUACACAAUUCGAUGACGCUUGGAUGAAGAGAGAUCUUUUCGGUUAUGGUCCGGAUAGACCAGAUGCCAAAUGGCCAAAGGGAGCUAAGAUCGCUGUCAAUUUCGUGUUGAAUCAUGAGGAGGGUGGUGAACGAAGUGUUGAAGAUGGUGAUGAACAUGCUGAGACAGUCUUGCACGAAUUUGGUCAAGUCUUAUCCGCCGAACCAGGAAAGCGUGAUCCAGCUACCGAAUCCCAGUUCGAUUACGGAUCUCGAGCAGCCAUUUGGAGAAUCAUGAGACUCUUCAAGAAGCACGAUAUUCCCAUCACUUUCUAUGCUGUUGGUAGAGCAUUCGAAAGGAACCCCGCUGUAGCGAAAUAUGCGGAUGAGAAUGGUCAUGAGGUUGCUGCCCAUUGUUACAAGUGGAAACCAUAUACCGGUAUGAGUGAUGCUGAAGAAGAAGAAUAUAUCAGAAAAGCGGUCAACGCCUACAAGACUACCUCACCUUCGGGUAAAGUCCCUGUCGGCUGGUUUUACGGACGACCAUCAGAAAGGUCCGCUCCGUUAGUGGCCAAAGUCUACAAGGAGCUCGGUCACGAACUACUAUAUUGGGCAGACACUUACGCCGAUGAUUUACCUUACUACACUACCAUGCCAGGCGGUAAAGAGGGUGAAUCGUUGGUGAUGAUGCCAUACAGUUUGGAUUGCAACGACUUCAAAUUCUGGCAAGGCCAAAUGGGUUCCGAUGAUGCCUUUGCCCAACACUGUAUCGACGCUUUCACCACCAUCCGAGAGGAAGGUUUAGAAGGUAAAUCUGCCUACAUCACCGUUGCUCUACACUCUAGAUGGAUCGGUCGACCUGGAAGAUUUCAAGCUUUAAAGAGGAUGGUAGAACACUUCUCUUCUUUCGACGAUGUUUGGUUCGCAACCAGGGAACAGAUUGCUCGACACUGGGUGGAGACUUACCCUCCUAAAGCUUGA